UAUGGGUCUCUCACUUGUUCUUCCCUUUAUCCUGCUUAUUAUUUCACAUUCUUCACUUAAAGUUUCUUCUGGUUCUAUAGAUGAAGCUCUUUCCCUUGUCAAAUGGAAAGCUAGCCUUAACCAGACCAAUCCAUUCCUGCCUAAAUGGUCUCUUUAUCCUGCAAACGGCACCAAUAUUUUUAGUCCUUGUGAUUGGUUCGGUAUUAUUUGUAACCGUGCUGGUAGAGUCCACCGUUUAAACCUAACCAAUUCGGGUGUAGAAGGUACACUUCAAAAUUUUCCAUUUUCAUCUCUUCCUAAACUUGCAUACAUUGAUCUCAGUGUAAAUCAAUUCUAUGGCAACAUCCCGUCUCAAAUAGGACAAUUAUCGAAACUCGUCUAUCUAGAUUUAUCCAUUAACCUAUUAUCUGGUAAAAUCCCACCUGAAAUUGGCCUUUUAACUAACCUUAAGACGCUGCACCUUGUCGAAACUCAAUUAAAUGGUUCAAUUCCACAACAGAUGUGUCAUCUCAGUUUGCUUAAAGAGCUUGCAUUGUACAACAACCAUCUAGUUGAUUCAAUUCCUUCUUGUUUUGGAAAUUUAUCCAACCUGCGUUACUUGUAUCUUUACAACAAUUCACUUUCUGGUUCUAUUCCUCAAGAAAUUGGAAAUCUCUCCAAUUUGGUUGCACUUUUCCUUGAUACCAACAGCUUAACAGGUUACAUCCCUGAAGAAAUUGGAAAUUUGAAAUCUCUGGAGAAACUGAGCCUUAAAAGAAAUAAACUUUCUGGUCCCAUUCCAGCAUCAUUGGGCAAUCCAAGCAAUAUUAAAAUUCUUCAGCUCUUCCAAAAUCAACUUUCUGGUCCAAUUCCUGCUGAGCUAGGGAACUUAAAGUACCUUGUUGAUCUAGAGUUGAGUGAAAAUCAACUGAAUGGUUCAAUUCCUGCUUCAUUUGGUAAUUUAAGCAACUUAGACCGGCUAUACCUUAGAGACAAUCAACUUUCCGGUUCAAUUCCUCAAGAAAUUGGACAUCUCACCAAACUAUCCCAACUGCAUCUAGACUCGAACCAGUUUACAGGAUCCUUGCCCCAGAAUAUUUGCGCUGGCGGAUUUCUUCUUAGAUUGAUUGUAAAUGACAAUCAACUCACAGGUCCAAUACCCAAAAGUUUGAGAAAUUGCUCAACAUUAAUUAGAGCCAGAUUUGACGGCAACCAGUUUUUUGGUAAUGUAUUUGAAGAUUUUGGUGUCUAUCCAAACCUGCUAUUUAUAAAUCUGAGCCAAAAUAAUUUCUAUGGAGAAAUGUCGUCUACUUGGGGGAAAUGUUCUCAAUUAACCGCCCUAUAUAUUGCAGGGAACAAUAUUUCUGGUAAAAUACCACCAGAACUUGGAAAUUUGACAACACUGGAAGAGCUUGAUCUGUCUGCAAAUAAUUUAGCUGGAGAAAUUCCAAAGGAAAUUGGAAAACUGGUUUCUUUAGGAGUGUUAGAAUUGAAUGAUAACCAACUGUUUGGUAAUAUUCCUAUUGAACUCUCAUCACUCUCCCGACUUCAGUAUCUUGACUUGUCCGCAAACAGAUUGAGCAGAGCAAUUACAAGUAAUUUAGGGGACUUGUUGAGUUUGAUUGACUUGAACUUGAGCAAGAACAGGUUCAGUGGAAAGAUUCCGGUUCAGAUGAGCAACUUAGUUCACCUGUCUAAGUUUGAUCUAAGUAAUAAUUUUCUCUCUGGAGAAAUACCGUUAGAGUUUAGCAGGUUUGAGACAUUGGAGAAAAUGAAUCUCUCAGGCAAUUACCUCACUGGUAUAAUUCCAGCAUCUUUCGAGAAUUUGAAAGGCCUUUCCCAGCUUGAUCUUAGCCAUAACAUGCUCCAUGGAGAAAUACCAGAACAAUUUUCAAGUCUAAGAAGCUUGGAAAUAUUGAAUCUCUCUCAUAAUAAACUCACUGGUGUCAUUCCAGCAACUUUUGCCGAGCUACCGUAUUUGAAAUCAGUUGAUCUAUCAGAAAAUGAUCUACGGGGUCCAAUCCCUGACUGCAAAGCAUUUCAAGAAGCUGCAUUGGAAGGAAACAAACAACUCUGCGGGAAAAAUAGCAGUCUUAAACCAUGCACAACCGCUAGGGUCAUGAAAUUUUUUCUAACGGUUGUAUUUCCUAUUUUUGGUGCUAUUUUUCUCUUAUGUGCUUUAAUCAUCCUGAUCUUAAGUUUUCGAACUAGGAAGCAGAGAAGCUCUGACACUCGAAGCAGUAUGAAUAAUGAAGAGUUGCAUUUCAUAUCAAUUUUUGAUGGAAAAAUAAUGUUUGAAGAUAUUCUACAAGCAACUAACAUUUUCGAUGAAAUGCACUGCAUUGGAGAGGGUGGAUUUGGACGUGUCUACAAAGCAGACUUGGCAUCAGGAAAUACUGUAGCUGUAAAGAAAUUCCAUUCCUUUCAUCAGGAUGAGAUGGCUAAUCAGAAAGAAUUUCUGAACGAGAUUAGUGUAUUAACAGAGAUAAGGCAUCGAAAUAUUGUCAAACUCUAUGGUUUUUGUUCACAUUCUCGACAUACAUUCUUAGUCUAUGAGUACUUACAGAGGGGUAGCCUUGCCUCAAUCCUGAACAAUCCUGAAGCUGCAAGAGAAUUGGACUGGGAUAAAAGGUUGAAAGUUAUUUCAGGCGUGGCUCGCGCCCUCUCCUAUAUACACCAUGACUGUUCUCCACCAAUUAUUCAUCGAGACAUAUCAAGCAAGAAUGUCUUGUUGGAUUCAGAAUAUGAAGCUCAUGUUUCUGAUUUUGGCACGGCUAAGCUUCUCAAGCUAGACUCGUCUAAUCGGACAAUGCUUGCAGGAACAUAUGGAUAUGUAGCACCAGAGCUUGCUUACACAAUGAAAGUGACCGAAAAAUGUGAUGUGUAUAGUUUUGGAGUUUUAGCAAUAGAAGUCAUCAAAGGAAAGCAUCCCGGCGAUAUAAUCUCUACAUUAUUAUCAGCAGAUUCUGGUAAUAAUAAUAUAGAGAUAGAAUUACAGGAUGUGAUGGAUCAGAGAUUGUCAGCUCCCUCACCUGAAGAAGAAGAGAAAUUGGCAUUCAUCAUCAGUCUUGCAGUUUCAUGCUUAAAUGUUAAUCCACAGUCUAGACCGGACAUGGAGAGUGUUUUCAAUCAUUUUUUGUCAUUUUCAUCCUAGAAAAGAAGCUUAAUUUCAUUAGAAAGCAUUGAAUACUCUGCUUCCAAUGUAACCUCACUCAUAUAAAGUCGUUGAACUUAUUAUGCAUAUGAUCAUUAAA